AUGCAGGGCAGGCAGCCCGGCUGUGUGCAGCCUCAGGGCCCUGCUGUGCUUCUGCCUCUUCCCGUACUGAGCUGAUGUGAUUCUGGGAACUCUAAGCAGAUGCCGGAGCCCAUGGGGAGCACGGAAGGGCCCUGUGGACUUCUUAAAAGUGAAGUGAAACCUCGCACUUCUGCAUGAGGAAGGAGCUGUCGGGGCCAGAUCAAACAUCUCCUCUGCUUCCCAGGGCAGAUUCCUGCCUGCGGCCGCUCCUCCUUCACCCAGGAAGCAGCCGGUUACACGCUGACAUCCACCCGUAGCUCGGCCGGGCCGGUCGCACCGUGCGGGGGAGCUGCGGGCACAGCCCCGGCCCCGCACGGCUCUCGGUUACGCUCUGAAGCUCGGGAAAGUCCCGGGGCGGCGGGUGCUGCCGGUGGGGACUUUGUCUCGGGACGUUCAGCCCGGUGACUGCAGGAUGGGCGGCCCCUGCGGCCCCUUCCUGGGCGGAAACGGGUCGAGGCGUUAAUAUCGGCUGCCCGGCUCCGCACGGCUCGGUUCGAUUCGGGUCGGGUCGGAUGGGCGCGGCUCGGGCCAUGGGGCGGCUCGGUCUGGGGCUGCUGUGCGCGCUGCUCCUGAACUGUGGGCAGCCUGGUGAUGCUGUGAAUUGCUCUGACAAGCAGUACGAGCACAAGGGCAGAUGCUGCAACCGAUGCCAGCCAGGAAAGAAGCUGGUCUCUGAAUGCAACGACACGGAAAACUCUGUCUGCACACCCUGUGAGAAUGGACACUACCAGCAGGGCUGGACUAAGGAGAGGCACUGCACGCCCCAUGACAUCUGUGAGGACAACGCUGGCCUCAUCGUGAAGAGACAUGGAAACACAACACACAACACCGUGUGCCAGUGCCGGGCUGGCAUGCACUGCUCUGAUGCCAGCUGCCAGACCUGCGUGGAGAAUGAGCCCUGCAAGCAGGGCUUUGGCUUUGUGGCAGCCAUGGCCGAAGCCCAGAUGACCUCACCGUGUGAGCCCUGUGCAGAAGGCACCUUCUCCAAUGUAUCUUCUAAAACCGAGCCGUGCCACCUCUGGACAAGCUGCGAGGAAAAGGGGCUCGUGGUGAAAGUGAAAGGGACAAACACUUCAGAUGUGAUCUGUGAGUCGAGCCGGCGCUCAUCGCUGUCAGUGCUGAUCCCCAUCACAGCUGCUGUUGUCACCUGCCUGGUGGGCAUCUGCAUCUACUGCCUGGUGCACACAGACCUCAGGCGCCGUGGGCCGAAACAGACUGAGGCCGAGAUGCCCAGAGAGCUGGAGAUGCAGCAGCCCGAGGAGGUGGACUUCCCAGUGCAGGAGACUCUGCUGGGAGGGCAGCCCGUGACACAGGAGGACGGCAAGGAGAGCCGCAUCGCAGAGCAGGAGCAGCUGUGACAGCGUGGGAGCUGCCCUCCAUGGGAGCAGCGGGCAGGGACAGCGCUGACCCCCCUGCAUUGGGGUGGGAGGUGAGCACAGGGCCCGGCCGCCAGCACAGCGACCGACGUAGCGCCCAGCGGGGCGCCGUGCAUGGGCCGACCCGAAGCGCAGCUCUGCCCGGGGGAGCCCCGGUGGCCCCACACGCAGCCGCCACGGCGGGACCCGUCGGCUCGGUGUCAGGGCACGGCAGUGCCGGCCCGGCGCGGCCGGGAUACGUGGGAGACAACAAACAAACCCAUCCCGGUCCCCGACCCACGCGGUGCGCUGCCGUCCCGGGGCCAGGAGGGGGCGCUGCGGGGCCGUCGGCGGCUCGAAGCGGGCGGAGCGCUCCCGCACAGCCCCGCACCGGCGGCGGAGGGGUCACGGCCCGGUGCGGGCGCUCAGCCGGGAUCCCAAGGCCGGUAUCCCGUAGCGAGCAGCAGGCGGAGGGUCUGCGGGGGGCGGCCCGGCUCAGCACCGCUCCCCUCGGCCGCCCCCGGCCCCGCACCGUCGCCCCCGCAGCCCCACGUACCGCACGCAGCCCCCACCGCGGUGCUGCCGGCUGCUGACAUUUGCGCGGUUAUUGCUCCGCUCCGAGCUGUACCAUCGCCGUUACAAUGGGAACAAUUACACUCAAUUAUUCUCCACCACACCGUUGACAAAAAAGAUGGCAUUUAAACUUUAAUUAUUCUCUGGGUGUGCGUGAGCAGCAUGGCCUGCGGCACGGGCGGCCCCUCCCCGCUGCUCCGUCUGCUCCAAACGGGGACCCCGGGGUCGUGCUCCCACCGGGGAGGGAUGGAAGGAACCCAGCACCCACCCUGAGCCCGGCGGGGGCUGCAGGGAGCGGUGUGAGCCCACCACCCACCAUCCGAGCACCAUGUGGCAUCAGGAAGGCAGUAAAUCCCAGAGCCUGGAGCAGCUGCAACUCGGAGCAGCUUUUUCCAUAAAGGCAGAGGCACGUUAUUUAAGGCUGCUCUUAAAACCUAAUGUUAGGUUUAAUAAGGGAGAUAAAAGCAUGCCAGCAGCUGUCCUGCACGGGGCUGCGCGCUGCCUGCAGUGCUGGUGGAUGGGCCCUGCGUUGUGUUAGCACAGCCCCACCAAUACCCACCGUGGGGAUGCAGUGACCCCACUCCUGGUGGCACUGCCAGCAGAGGGCUGGCACCGUGUGGGCACAGAGCCCUCAGAUCCAAAUAGAGCCUCCCCAGCUGUGUCCCCCCCCCAUGCUGACCUCUCCCCACCUGGCCCCACACUCAGGGCGUGUGCCGUCUCAUUAGCUUGUCUGUCCCCCAAAGUGAGAAGGGAGAGAGGGUGAGACCUAAUUGAAUGUAACUAAUUAUUCACUCCGCAAACGCUGUUUAAAUGGGAUUGUGAGGGACAAAAUUACUCAUUCUGAAAAGGGGAGAGAAAGAGAGAAAGACAGAGAGAAAACAAAUAGAGGCGGGUGCUGGAGCUGCAGCUCCCUCUCUCCCCAGAAUACCAAUUACCGGAUGAAGUGAUUGUAUAAAUCUUUACCGAGUGAACGAACUGUAGUAGUCACUUACUUCUGUCCUCUUAUUACACGGAAGCAAUGAAAAAUCGUCCCUCUCUGCAGUCCAG